UCUGGCUGAUUGCUUUUUCGUUGAUUUCUAUUUUAAGUAAGUUUCAACCAGGGUGUCUUGGGACGGGGGGAGCACCGAGCGGGGGGCUUUCGGAGGUGGUUUAUUCCCUUUCCAAGCCCGAGUGGGAUGGGGCGGCUGUCGGAAACGCCCGGAGCAACAGGGGAUCGCUCCAUCUUGCCAGCUGAAGCAGGUCUGUUGUUUGUUAGCAGUGCUGUGAGGUGAGGCCGGUGUUUCGGGGGAGGGAAACGGAGUUAUUUCUGGUGAGGAGGAGGGGAAGGGCUCUCGUUUUCCCUGCAGGGGGGCAGGGGGAGCCCAUUUGCAUGGGAAGGAAAAGAGGAAAACUGGAAAUCCAGCAAGCAGGGGAGAGCGGAGCCCCGCACCCAUGCCACCGCAGGAUUUGGACUUUAAAAAAACUGGCUUUCCCUUUGGCAUGGGCAUCCUGCAACGGCGUGGGUGCUGGCUACCGCUUCCCAGCCGGUGGCAAGCAAAAGGUUGUUCUUUCCUGGAAGCAAGGGGGGAGUAGAGAACGUCACCCGGAGCCGGCUGUCACACUGGGACCAAGGCUUUGGGGGUUGUGAGACCCGCUAAAAUCCCUCUUGUCCAAGCCUGAGGAGGGGAGCUCAUGCCAGAGUCGUCGUGAAUCGGUCCAGUGGGUGCCAAUGCUGGUGCCCGCGGGGUUCCCCUCGCUCUCGGGGGUCCCACAGCCCUCAGAGCCGACGGUGGCAGCAACCAGGACUCCAGACCCCGCCUGGAUGUAUUUUUAUAUCUUUUUUUUUUUUUUUUUUUUUUUUUCCUCCUCAAGUACCAUGUAAUUCAACCAAGCUCAGAGCUUCCUUGGCUAAAAUUGUCUCUCGCAGACUUUGCCUGUGUGGAGCAGAAAGUCCCUUGGCAGGACCUGGGGCGGGCAGAGCGACUCCAGCCCACCCAGAUGUUGAUUUUGCUGCACCCGACGCGUUCAAAGGGAGCUGAGACCACGUACAGCUGCGCCGGAGAUUUAUCCUUAGGCACGGGGACAAACCAGGAUGCUGCUUCUGGAUCCCGCCGGGGAUCUGUUCAAUCCAUUUGCCGUUGGAUGGCAGGGUGCUCUCCAGCUGACGAGCGUUCAGAUCGAUCCGUUUGGGGUUUAAGGCAAAGGAACAAAUUGCCUGCGUGCACUUUUUGUCGUGUUUUGGUUUUUUACCCACACCCCCCCCCCCUUUAUUUUUCAUUCCAAAGCUGCUAGCAAACUCCCCAGCAGCCCUGCCCUCGGUUUUUGGGGCUGAUGGAGAAUAUUCUGCCCUGUUUUGUUUACUCAGGGCUGCUAGAAGCUUAGUUAAUGGCUGACGAAUUAAACAAAGCAGAGAUAAAGGGAAUCUGACCUGGGCUGGGACAGGGCUGAGGAAUGUGUGUGGCUCUGGUGGAGUCUCUAGCCAAGGGGGGUGUGGGGGGGAUGUUAACCCGCUUUUAACCCUUUCCUCCUCCUGCAGGCAGCCCCAGCCCACCAGCGAGAGCUCCUCCUGCCUCGGCUAUGCCCCCUGCCCCUUUGCGCUCCCUCUUUGCCCCGCUGCCAACCCCAAAAGGAAUUUUUUUUUUGGUGAAGCCGGGGUAGAUUUGGAUUAGCUUGGCUAGCGGUGUCCUGAGGCGCUCGGAUGCUCCGACCUCGGGCGCACGGGUUGACGUAGAUCCUCCAGGUGUAUUUUGCUCUGCUUCCCUGCAGCAAAACGCAAAGCCAGCAGUUUUGAAACACCCCAAAAUUGAGCCGUUAUCUCCCAAAACCGGGAGACGGCUCUUUGCCAUCCCAAAACAUGACUUCUGCCUGCAUGGCGAUUCUCCGCAGAGCCUCUUGCGUGCAAGGAAGGAUCCCGAGUGAAGGAAGGUGGCGUUUGGGAGUGACCGGGGCAGGUGAAAGCAGGGGCCAGCCUUGGGUUUUCCUUUCGGGCACGAUCCUGCCACGCAGCUGGUGUAAAACUCCUGUUCCUCCCCAAAACGGCGGCGCUCUGCCUGUGCUAGAAGCUCCGGGAAGCCGGCACGACACUCGCUGUGGUGGUGAAAGGAUGAACUGAACGCAAGCACCCACCCCUGGGGUGACAUUUUAAACCAUCUGGGUCUACGAGGUGAAGUUUUCCUGGCUCGGGAACCCCAUAAACACGCUCGCUGCACGUUCACGCCUUCGUUUACCCCUAAUUAACGUCUCUGCCCGUGCGCGGUGCGGUUCAGGAUUGGACCCAGCCCAAGCCCGGCUCAGCUGUGCUGCAAACAGCCGGCGAGCGAGCGGCUGUGUCACACCCCCGGGGCGAGCAGGUAAAACAAGGAUUUGCAAAUAUCCAGGAUUCCCCUCGGGUUUUUGAUGGGAGACCAGGCAUCCAGGCAGAGAAAAACUUCCCUAAUGGAUUUAAUCAGGAAAUCUCAAUGAUUGGGAAAACUGGAGAGGAGGGAGCGCCUUUGCCGACACCUUGGAGUGGCGGGAUGCCGGAGCGCUGGAGUUGGGAUUUCCUGCGCGGAGAAAGGGAUUGUCUCGGCAGCUGUUGAGUUUUGCACCGGGCAGCCUGUCGGAAGCAGAUUCUGGCGACUAAAAUGGAAGGAAACGGCCACAAUCGCCACCCAAAGGCAGCGAAAGUGGGGAAAAGCGGAGCCGCCCCACGGCAGCCCCAGCUCGGCUGCUCCCCCCACGCCCGCCAUGGGAUUUCGGUGUUGUCCUCGCACGUCCCAGCGUUGUCCCUUUCGGUGGGGAUGGGGGGUGUCGCCCACCUCCCCGAGGAUUCAGCCUCACGACUUCAACCUCCUUAUAAAUUAGGUCUCGCUUCUGGCCCGCAGGCACCAGCCGCUGUGAAACCACCCAGUGGGGUCAAGCACGAAUUAAAGUCCCGCUGGAAUCACAUCCUGCCCCCAAAUCCUCCCAGCGAGCUCCUUUGGGGGCAGCGCAGGAUGGCAUCCCUCCCUCCAAACCUGGAGAAACGAGGGAGUUAACUAAACCGACCCAAAAGAGUGACCUGAACUGCCAGGCUUCCUCACGUUUGUUUUACCCGGCUGCCACCACGUCCCCGAUCCCGUGUGGGAGGGGUGUGCUUCCUCCCAGCCGCCUGAUUUUACUAACAAACAAAUAAAAACUGGUUUUUCCUCCGCCGACAGGCUUUGGCGAGGCGGUCGGGCUGGAGCUGGACAUGGUGAGAAGCUUGUGCCACCGCGGCUUGGUGCGCUCGUCCUCGCGGUGCUGUUCCCCCGGCGUUCUGCCUCCCUGGAAAGAUUUUUUUUUUUUGGUGCUUUUUUUGAUGUUUUCAAGGCUGAGCGGCUUCAGGAGCGAAAGCGCUGACCUGCUGGUGGUUUCGGGUGACGUUAAGCACCUCGCGGUUCGCCAAAUGAUGGCAGAUUCCCAACAGCAACCGUGAACCCAGCUCUGUCAUCCGAGUCUGGAACGAGCCGGUAGUUACGGAGAUCAGCUGGCUUUUGGCAACCGCUGGCGGACUUACUUGGCAGCUCUCGGCACUGCUGCAGGUGCUGGCGUUGCCGAUGGUAGCCGGAGCGCCGAGGUGGAAAUACCCGGCGUUACCGGUCUUUCCAGGCGGCGGCGAGGGCGUUCCGGCAGGGUGACGCUUGCCUCCCUCGCUCCUCCAUCGCCAGCCGCUGCGCCGGGGCCCCCCACGUGGACGGGGGCUGAACCCAGCGGACGCUCAGUGUGUAUUUAAUGGGGGAAAAUACCCGAGUUUAAGGUUGUGAAGCUGCUUUAGGAGCAUUUUGAGCCGCGAAUCUUUUCCCUCAGCUCACGCUGGUGUUUAAUAGGGUCCGAUAGUUUCUCUCCACGGUCAGAUAUUGGCCGAGCCACGACGCACGAGGGCAAGGCCACACUCGCUUUCACCCUGGAUGUGGUGAUACCCACCCAAAGCCUCGACUGAUUUAUUUUAUUUUAUUUUUUCCUACCCCAACCCAGAAAUUUCUUCCUUUCCCCUCCUGCUCCCAGGUUGGGAGGAGCCAAAACUUCCAGCAUCUUCUCCGCUGCAGAAACUAUUGAAACGAUUCAAGAAAAAACAACCUGAAAUUGUUGAUUUCAGGGAGGUUUGCCAACGUUCCGGGCUCCCGCUGGGCAGGAUCAAUCGUGUACCUCUGAGCUUGGUAGGAUGCGGGCCUUUGGAUGGUGUAAACAAGCCUCUAUUGUGCCUGCCUGCCAGUGUUUACACGGAAAAUCAGCUUGGGGGUCCACCCUGCACCAGGCUUCCUCCGCAGCCUCGGCUCUUCAUCCUGGGAGACUCGGAUACGUUCGGGGAUAGUCUCAAAUACGCCGUAAAUCGACAAAACUCAUAAAUAAGCGAAGGAAACUGACGGCAUCGGGUGGGUUUGUCAUUGCAGCCUGCGACAGGGAAACUGUAUUCACUUGGCAGGCCAAACCUGGGGUUAAAUCGAACGCCGAAAACGUGCCAGCCGUGCCGCAAAGUUUAAUUUCAGCUGCCGUGACUUACAUUUUAGGCUCCCCGACCUGUAUUUUAAGCGCCUGAGUAAACAGUCUGUCGUUCUCGCUUGGGCUGAGCAUCUGUGUGCCCGGCUUUUUGCAGGUCAGGCCAGUUUUAUUUAUUUAUUUUCCUUUGCCUGUUUCUUCAGCUUGUAACUUAAAACACUGCCUUAAAACCGGGCUUAAAUGUGGUUUCAAAUGACACCCUUUAGGUGAAAAGGCUUCAGGAAUGGUGUUAGUCACCGAAAUGACCUUUUCCCGGGUGUCACUGGACCGCCUGGACUUGCUUUUGCUACCCAGCUGCUUUCCUCAUCGUGCCUUGUGGUUUUUUAAAGAAAAAUCCAGCUUUUAAUUGUAGGAGUUGGUAGGAUUUGGGGUUUUUUGGGGGGGUAGUUUUUAAAUUUAGGAGCUUUACAUCAAAGGGAGGAGGGACGCGGCCAAAUAUCUGCGAGCCCAGAGGUCCCAAAACGUCCAUUCUGAAUGAAAAACAACCCGUGAGCCAAUUGGCGCUGGGGAGGAAGAGAAGCAAAGCAGAAAGAAGUGGGAUUAUCCCGGAGGGAAAAAGACCUCCACGUUACAGCGUCAGGAAGACACCCCAAGAAGCGGAGGGACAUCUGUGACCACCUCGGUGGGUCUUGUAGCCGGCCUCACCAUGUUCAGCAAGAAAAAGAAACGCAUCGAGAUCUCCGCUCCCUCCAAUUUCGAGCACCGCGUCCACACGGGCUACGACCAGCAAGAGCAGAAAUUCACGGGGCUGCCACGGCAAUGGCAGGGGAUCAUCGAGGAGUCGGCCAAGCGCCCCAAGCCGCUGGUGGAUCCCGUCUGCAUCACCGCCAUCCAGCACGGCUCGCAGAAGACCAUCGUGCGGGGCAGCAAAGCCGCCAAGGACGGCUCCCUGACCUGGCUGCUGGACGAGUUUGAGAACAUGUCCGUGUCCCGUUCCAAUUCUCUGCGCAGGGACAGCCCCCCCUUCCCGCCCCGCCGUGACCAGCUCUACCAGGAGAACGGCCUCUCCGAGGGCCCGGCCGCUGCCCGGCCGCACGAGGAUGCCGGCAGGAGCAAGGAGAAGAGCCGCCACGGGGCCAGGAGCGAGCUAGAGCAGGGCAAGGAGAAACCGCGGGAGAGGGAGGAGCAGCGCGCCCACCACCACCACCACCAGCAGCAGCCCCGCGGGCAGGAACCCGGCCCCAAACCCGCUCCCCCCGCCAGUGGCCGCCCGCCCCCUCCCGAGUACCCCAAAACCCCCGCCGAACGGGACGGCUGGCGGGAUUACCCCGCCGACAGGGACUACAGCGAGCCGGCCGACCGCGUGGUGCGGCGGGAGCGUCCCGAACCCUCCGACAAACGCCCUAAAUCCACUUACACCGCCGAGACCAGCCCGCAAUCCCCCCGGGACAAACGCCCGCUCUCCGGGCCAAAUAUCCGGACUCCCAACAUUCCCGUCUCCGAAGGGGUGAUGAAGACGGCUCAGCAGACGGGACGGCCUUUUAAUACCUACCCGCGGGCUGAGACCGACCCCGGCAGGGGCGCGGGUUCGCAGGUAAAGGCAGAGCACCGACCGGGACGACCGCAGGAGGUGGCAUCCAACGGGCCGGUGAGCGGCAGCGCCAGCUCUUCCCGAGCCCACCCCACCGGCCCACCGCGCUCCAAAAAUCCCGAGCCGCCCCAUCCCGGCCUCACCCCCCACGCCUCGGACCCCCACCUCUCUCGCCAGCCACCCCCCGGCCCCCCGCCAGCCCCGGUGGGACCGCAACAACCCCGUUCGCCCCAACGUGAACCCCAACGCGUCUCCCACGAGCAAUUCCGGGCGGCCCUGCAGAUGGUGGUGGAUCCCGGGGAUCCCCGCACCUACCUGGAUAACUUCAUCAAGAUCGGCGAGGGCUCCACCGGCAUCGUCUGCAUCGCCACCGUCAAGAGCACCGGCAAGCUGGUGGCCGUGAAGAAGAUGGACCUGCGCAAGCAGCAGCGACGCGAGCUGCUCUUCAACGAGGUGGUGAUCAUGCGGGAUUACCAGCACGAGAACGUGGUGGAGAUGUACAACAGCUACCUGGUGGGUGACGAGCUCUGGGUGGUGAUGGAGUUCCUCGAAGGCGGCGCCCUCACCGACAUUGUCACGCACACCAGGAUGAACGAGGAGCAGAUCGCCGCCGUUUGCUUGGCCGUCCUCAAGGCCCUCUCCGUCCUCCACGCCCAGGGCGUCAUCCACCGUGACAUCAAGAGCGAUUCCAUCCUCCUCACGCACGACGGCAGGGUGAAACUCUCCGAUUUCGGGUUUUGCGCCCAAGUGAACAAGGAGGUGCCGCGACGCAAGUCGCUGGUGGGGACCCCCUACUGGAUGGCACCGGAGCUCAUCUCCCGCCUGCCCUACGGCCCCGAGGUGGAUAUCUGGUCCUUGGGCGUGAUGGUCAUCGAGAUGGUCGAUGGAGAGCCGCCUUAUUUUAACGAGCCCCCGCUAAAGGCCAUGAAAAUGAUCCGCGACAAUCUCCCCCCCAAGCUUAAAAACGUACAUAAGGUUUCCCCCUCCCUCAAAGGGUUCCUGGACCGCAUGCUGGUGCGGGACCCGGUGCAGCGGGCCACCGCCAACGAACUCUUGAAGCACCCCUUCCUGGGCAAAGCGGGGCCCCCCUCCUGCAUCGUCCCCCUCAUGCGCCAAAACCGCAUGCGGUGAGACGCCGGCGCCCUCCUCGUCCUCACCGGCGCCUCUUUGCUGCAGUCGUGACUGUGCCACCACUGGCGGGGCGCUGGCGGGGUGGGGGGUAGAAAUCCUCCCCCCCCCCCCCCCCCAAAUUACUCGUACUACUGAGCCGGGGAGCGGCCGGGGAGGGGGGUCGGCUCGGUUUUAACCAUUUCCCCGACACGGGGCUGUGCGGUGACACUGUCCCACCACCCCACCCCCGGCAGAGAUUUGGGGAUGGGGGGGGGGGGGGGGCGCUUAUCCCGGUGUCGCCCCGGCCCUGGGGAGCUGUUUGGGGCAUCUCCCCCCCUUUUUUUUUUUUUUUCUUUUAAAUCCCCUUUUUUUAUCCCCAUCCAGCCCCGGGGUCAGGCCACCACCUGCAUCUCCUGGCUGGGGGGGGGGGGGGGGUGGAACAUGUGUCCCCAACACUACAGCCCCGCAGCCACACUACUGAUAUGGGGUCCUUACCACCCCCACCCCCCAAUUUCUAAAUACGGUUGGUUUUUUUUUUUUCUUUCGGGGUUUUUUUGGGGGGGUGUUUUUUUGCUUUUUUUUUUUUUUUCCUCUUUUUUCCCAAUUUGUUUUUUAAACAAAACUAUUUAUAUUGUCGUUUUGUAAUGCCACAGGAUGGCGGGGGCCCUGGGGCCGGCACGGGGCCCCCCCCCUCCGGAGAUUACACGUGUCCUUUUGGAGACA